AUGUCGAACGAGGUUGCAGAGCUCAAGCAGACGCUGGAGGCCCUCCAGAAGGAGGUGGUCCGGCUUAGAGACCAGGAGGAGAUUCGCAAGAUCCAGUACAAGUAUGGGUACUACCUCGACAAGUGCUUGUACCAGGAGGUCGCCGACCUCUUCUCGGACGACAAGGACAGCUUCGUGCAGUUCCUGGGCGGCCGGUACCGGGGCCCGGCCGGCGUCAAGCGCCUCUAUCAGGAGCGCUUCGGCAAGCACUUUGUCAACGGGCGCAACGGGCCCAUCCACGGCUUCCUCCUCGACCACCCGCAGAUGCAGGGCAUCGUCGACGUCGACUACUCGGCCUCGCCACCGCGCGCCAGCGGCCGCUUCCGCUCGCUGAUGCAGGCCGGCGUGCACAUCUCCCAGGCGGCCAAGCACCCGCGCGGCUUCACGCAGUGGUGGGAGGGCGGCAUCUACGAGAACGAGUACAUCCGCGACGGGCCCGACGGCUCCUGGCGCAUCCUGCGCCUGCGCUACUUCCCCUUCUGGCACGGCGACUUUGAGCACGGCUGGGGCUACAAGGUGGCCGGUUUCGUGCCCUUCAUGUCCAAGACGUACCCGGAGGACCCCAACGGGCCCGACGAGGUCGUGACCGAGGAGCAGAGGAUGAUGUGGCCCGACACCAGGGUCGUCCCCUUCCACUACGACCACCCCGUGACUGGGCAGCCGGUCAAGGAGGAGGACCAGCGGGCGCCCGAGUUUGGCGACGACCCCGCCAACGCGAAGCCUUCUCUUAAGCUUCAGUGGUAG